ACAGUGAAUUACUCCAUUGAAACACCAUUGAAUUAUACACCAGAAAAUCUAACAUACAAAAAAAAGAAACUAUAUUCACGAUCCUGCAAAAUAAAAUAAAAUAAAAACGUGACUGUGAGAAAUAAGACAAAUGUAAAAAAUAGAACAAAACUAUCAGCUUCAUGACACGAGGAUUGUAAUAACAGAAAAUCUAUACUACCAACAAGAAACAGUAAGAGAGUCGGAUUUCAGUCACGAUCUCGCAAAAUCCAAAUAGACGUGAAAUUGUGAGAAGAAAAAUAGGAUAGUCAGAUGCAAAAACAGAGCAAGACGAUCCCUCGGCCUCUUGACGCGAGGAUAACAAAGCCAUCAGUUUUACGAGGCGACUGAGAGAUGGCACGAAGGAAGGCUCACGGCGGGCGGGCGCUGGCGGGGAGCAGGGGCACGGGCUAGGCGGGCAGGGAGAGAGAGAGAGAGGGAGACACAGAGAGAGACAAGGAGGGAAGGAGCAAACUGAGAUCAUUGUGUGUCUUUUGUUCCUCCCUCUCUGACUACUGUCCUGCUCUGCAUUACCUUACCCUGCAAUACCCUGCCUGCAACCUGCCUUAACCUGCCCAACCCUGCGUAUAACCUGCCCUACCUUACGCUACCCUACCCUGUCUGUAACCUCUCCUACCCUAUCCUACCCUGUAACCUACUCUACCCUACCCAUACCCUACCCUAUCCUGCCUUACGCUACCCUUUCCCCAUCUUAUCCUACUUAUAACCUACCCUACCCAAUCCUACCCUGCCUGUAACUUUACCUAACCUACCCUAUCCUAUCUAUAACCUGCCCUACCUUACCCUGCCUAUAACCUACCUUACCCUACCUCCCCUGUAACCUACCCUGUCCUGCCCUCCCUCCCUGGUGCACUAAUGAGCCAAGACAACACGGUAACAAGCACAAUAAUCAGACACGACCGAACAUCAGACACCACCGGACACAGGGACGACGCCUCACACGAACAGACAAUGCGUGGCCCGGCGGUGGUGGUGUCCUGGUGGUGGUGGUGGUGGGCCUUACUGGUGGUGGUGAGGAUGGCAGGAGGAGGGACAGGGGUGAGGGUGGUUACUGGUGUGCGUAUCUCCCAGCCCGCCCACCCAGAAGCAUCGCAGGAAGGUAAACAUUUAGAUACACACCAACGGAGGGUAAUAAGAGGAACCGCAGCGCCUCCCCUUACGCCCCUGAAGGAGAGAUAUUUGGCGCUACUGAAGGGGACGCCGAAGCAGGGAAUAGAGGAGGAGGAAGACGCAAAAAGUGAGCCAAGAUUAGUGAACGGGAAAUCUGUCGUAGCGAAAAGUCAUCGGAGAGAGAAUUCGGGCACACCAGACACGUCGUGGGUGGAGCUCUCGGGAACAGUGGACCACGCGGGGGUGACUGUCUGGCUGCAAGGGCGCGAGGUAUACAGCAAACGUAAUCAGCUCGACUUCUGGGCAGGUAAGAUGAGGCAGUACCACGCGGGCAUCCACCUGUUGGCCCUGCACCAGAGCCUCCCGCGAGUGUUACAGCGCCAGCACUUCCUGACGUGGCAGCCGGCGGCCCACAGGAUGCUGGCGAAGGCCCUGAAUGAGUUGCAGGAGGGGAGGCUGGUGCUGGUGGUGGGAGUGCCGGACUACAUCAGCUGGCUCAAUAAGGAGGGGAUGGACGCCCUGCGGAGCCUCGGGGCGCAGCAGGGCCUGAGGGCGGUGAAGGAGGAGGCGUGGGUGUUGCUGGCGCGGAAGGGGCAGGGCGCGCUCUACGAGACAAUCAUCACCGCCAGGAAUUACUCGUCCAAGGUUGUCCCGCCGCUCGCCUUCUCCUUCCGCCUCCCGCGCUACCCAGAGCGUCAGUGUCCCUGGUACAAAGACCCGGAGAUGGCGCGGAAGGUGGAGUUUUGCGAGUCCUUCGAAGGGUACGGCGAGAUGUGUGCCUGCGAGCGCCCAGUCCACCUCAGCCCCGCCGCCGCCCCGUAUAUGAAGCUGGAGGAGGUGAUCCCCGUGGCCCUGGUGACCGCCCGGAGGUUCCCCAUGGUGGCGCGGCAGGUGAGGUCGCUAUGGGAGGGCCCCGGGGGAGGACAGACGCCCCUGGUGAUGCUGGUGGACGGCGAGAACACGGAGGGAGAGGCGCUGGCGGGGCUCCUGAACAUUACGCUCGUCACCCAUAACAACCCGGGGAUUCCAGGCACGAAGCAAAGGGUGAACGAGCACAUCAAGUUCUCCCUGCAGACAAUGUUCAAGUUAUUUCCCAAGGCGGACAAGGUGAUCAUACUGGAGGACGACCUGGUGCUGGCUAAGGACUUCAUCAGCUACUUCCAACAAACCUCGCUUCUCAUGAGUCUGGACGAGACCAUCCUGUGCGUCAACGCCUACAACUACAACGCCUUCCCCCACACGGCCAACGACCCGCACCGCAUCUACCGCGUCCAGUCCUACCCAUACUACGGCUGGAUGACGAGCAGGAGACACGCCGCGCGCAUGCUGACAGACUGGGCGCCCCUCGACCAGAACGCCGACUGGGACCUCUACGCCCGCUUCAAACACCUCGCCGAGAACCUCCAAAUCAUCAUCCCGGAGAUUCCACGCACCAGACACGAGGGCGGGGGCGGCGUGCACGUGUCGGGGCUCGAACAGGAGGUCACGUACAGCAAGCGGCCCCUCAACACUCUGCCACAGCCCACUAUCAACAUGCGCCGCCACUGGGACCUCGCCUACGCGGUUGAUUUCAUGGCUACGAUACUGAAGGCGAAGGUGGUGAAGAUAACGAUCCACCCCUGUUUCAAGCACCCGAUACCCAGGUACCAGCCCAACACAACGCACGUCAUCUACAUCAACCUGUCGGGGGAGAACGAAGAAAACAACUCCUACAAAGUGCUGGCCAAGUGCUUGGGAUUUUACGCCAAGGGUCUCUUCGAACACUACCGAGGAACUUACUCCCUCAAGUUCUUCGAGACGCCGCUCAUCCUCGUGUCCUGCUACGCCUCCGUCUACUGUGACAACGUGCCCCGGACCCUCAUCUUCAAUCCCCCGGACGCCGCGGUGGAGCUGGCCGGACGGUUCGAGUGGCGCCACACCAACGAGUCUUCGGUGGAGCUGUGGCGCGUGCCCCCCAAGUCCCUGCAGGAGGAGGUCAGCUUAGAAAACAUUUCUGGCUUCGAAGUCAUGUUGAAGGCGUGAGAGGUUAUACGUAGAGGUCAGGAAGAGUGUUGUUUAUAGACGAUCCAAAGAAGAGUUGUUCGCUUUGUUCGCUUGAGGUCUGGUUGGUCUUUGAGGACUCGAAGGAUUGAGAUUUUAUGAUGGUUUCAGAAAGACUCAGCUCCUCCGUGGUGCAGUGAUUAGCACACCUAGCUACGAAUCAGUGAGCCUGGUUUCGUUUCCCGGUCCGGGCAUGAGAAAACCUGGAGAAAGGUAAACUGUGAUAACCCGGAUGUUGCACCUGCCUUGUCUCCCGGGGUAAUGGGUUGUUACCAGGCACAGGUUCCAGGGCUAAUGUGACGGAGAUCAGCACCGAGGCUACGCGAAGCUUUGUCUUGUGCCCCGAACCUUGUCUUUCUUCACGGAAGUUUCGAAGAAGCGAAGUCUGUUAAGUCUUUUUGUCAGUGUUUCUAGACAGCGUUUAGGGCGCCCGUGAUGCUGAGAGGGGACGUGCUGGGUCCUCUCCGGGGCUUUCAUAGUGUUAUUAAUCUUCAAAUUGCCGUUUAGGAAGGAAUUCGUGUAAGUUUUGGAGAGGCUAGGACUCCAUAUUACAGGGGGUUCGAAAAGGUUCAGAUGAUAUUGUAGUAGGUCUCUUUCGGGAGCUGUUUAAGGCUUAGGGUAUUAAGGAGGGAGUAUGUAUGGGCCUCGAUAAA